ACGAUCUGCCGACGAUUUUCCAGUGUCUUAAUUCCAAAAAGCGGAGCUCUGCUGAGUAGAAAAAGCUUACCACUGUCGCUUUGUUGCAUUGCUGCGAUUUCAAUGGCUCUCGUCGCGCUGCGCGAGGAGAUGUUGAUCGGUCAUUAAAGAGUCUCCUUGCUCGGGUUUCCUCUUCCCAGUGAGUGAGUGAGCUCGCAGAAAAUGAGGACCAAGUUUGGUUUUGCGCUGGGAUUCAGUCAUCCCGUUCUCCAAGUUGUCCUUCUCCUGUUCACGACGAUUAUCAGUAGCAGCAGCAGUGAAUCCACUCUACCUCAGAUUUAUGGCGAUGUAGCUCCAGCUCCAGCUCCAGCAGGUACUUUUUUCGCGACCGAUCCAUCGGAAGUUGCUGUUUUGAGAGCCAUUCCUGCGAUUUCCUGGGCCGCGGCCGCUGCCAAUGAUCCCUGCUCGCCACCCUCGACUUGGCCGGGAGUAACCUGCGUGCUCCGAAACCAGUCGUCGCUUCCAGCUGCUUAUCACGUCUCCGGCAUUGAACUCUCCCGUGACACUCCACAGGCACUGUCCAUUCUCCUGUCCGUCGCGUCGCAGCUCGGGUACUUGCAAAGCCUCCGAGUCACCAGAACCACCUCGUCGUCGCCUUCGUUUUCCAUCUCCAUCCCCGAAUCCAUCGGACAAGUCCAGCAGCUCCGGCAUCUCGACCUCAGUGAGAACGGGCUCCAUCUCGGUGGCCCGAUACCAGGCCAGCUAGGUAGCCUCUCCAAGCUCAGGCUCCUCGGGCUCGCAGGAAAUCAGCUCACGGGCUCCAUCCCGGAAGAGCUUUGCACAAUCUCGUCGCUCAAGUAUCUAGACUUGAGUAGAAACCAGCUCCAGGGACCGGUUCCAGCCUGCCUCGGGAAUUCUUCCAGUCUGAGAGUGCUCGACCUCGGAUCAAACCGGCUACGGAGCCGGAUACCGGCUGAGCUCGGACAACUUUCCAGCCUGCUCUAUCUGAACUUGGAGAACAACCGCCUUCAAGGUGAAGUUCCGGAGUCGCUCGGGUCUCUCAGGUCGUUGCAAACUCUUCGAUGCGGUAGAAACAUGCUCGAGGGAGCCCUUCCCAGGCAGCUCGGACAGGCUCGGAGUUUACAGGUGCUGGAUUUCUCGCUCAACUCCGAUAUCGCUGGAAGCAUUCCUGCCUCACUGGGUAGCUUGAGUGACAUCGUUGAGCUUUCCUUGUUCUCCAUGGGAUUGAACGGAACCAUUCCCAGCGAACUCGGUAAGCUCCGCAACUUGUCAGCGCUUCGGCUCCAUUCCAACUCCAUCUCUGGCUCCAUUCCCGGCUCGUUCUCGGAGCUUUCCAGUCUUAAAGUCCUCCAGCUCCAGGGGAAUCAGCUCUCGGGAUCACUUCCAAGGUCUGUUUUCAAGCGGCUCUCUGGUUUGCAAGGACUGUACCUCCAGAUCAACUCCUUCACAGGUGUUUUGCCGGUGGAAAUAACUCGGAUGCCCAAUCUGUCCGUCCUCAACCUCGGUUUCAACCAGCUGGAUGGAGAGCUGCCUGAAACGCUCGGAAGCAUGCCCAGUCUCGAGUGGCUGCUGCUCGGGAGAAAUCGAUUUUCCGGUCAAAUUCCAGCCUCACUCGGCGAACUUCGCAAGCUCCGGCUCCUGGAUCUCUCCAACAACUUGCUUGUCGGCUCAGUGCCUGCGAGCAUCCUCGACGCCGCCAGCAUCGAGAAAAACCUCCACUUCAACCAGCUGAAUUCCACCGGCUUGCUCCACAACCUGUGCUUGCAGCCGCCGUGCUCGCAGCAGCAGGAUCAUUCGCCAGACAUCACCUCCAACAGAAUCUCUGACUCGUUCGCGAUCAACGCAGGCGGUCCCGAGCACAUCUUGACGAGCCGCCACCUUUUUUUCCAGGCCGAUGACGUCUUUGCGAAUACCUCAGUGGGAUACUUUGUCGGGAAUCCGACCUGUUCAGCGAGCUCUGCUUCCUGGGCCAUCAGCCUCUCGGGUUCCACCGCCUCCUCACGGAUCAUCUCGACGAAUUCCUCCACCAGUGGGAUUGACUCGAGGUUCGUGGAAGCCACCCAGGAACUUUACACGACUGCUCGAGUAGGCGGCGACUCCAUCGCCUACUAUGGACGAUGCCUGAAGCCCGGGAGCUAUGCCGUCGAGCUCCACUUCAUCGAGCUCGAAAACUACACUGUAGAUUCCCCCGGAAGACGUGUCUUCGACGUGUUUCUCCAAGAGCAGCGUGUGCACGAGAAGCUGGACGUCUUCCGCGUCGCUGGAGGUCCCUUCGUUCCUCUCGUUCUGAAGUUCCAAGCUCGAGUUGGCGAAGAGUCCUCAACUUUGAAGCUGGAGCUACGAGGAACCGGGAGCUGGAACACUAGCGGCGCUGCUGGAUCAUACCACGGACCAACCAUCUCGGCUAUCCGAGUCUACGCGAACACCACGAGCUCCUUGGGCAUUUCGGGUAACACAUCCUCCUCUAGAAUGGCUCGCGAGCUCUGGGCCAUCCUUGGAACGAGUAUAGGAAUCCUCGCCAUCGUCUGUAUCACUCUCUUCGUCGGCCUGGCUUGCUGGCUGAGAAGAGCCGAGAAGAAAGCUCGGAUGAUCUCCGAGGAAGAACAUACCGGAGGCGAGCAUUCGAUCUCCAUCGACCAUAUCCAUCAGAGCUUGAGCAACUCCAACGCUGCCGCUCUCGCCACUUUCGAGUUCUCGGAGCUGGAAGAAGCCACGCAGAGGUUUAGCUCGGACAAUCUUCUCGGGCAAGGAGCAUAUGGAAGAGUCUACAAGGGGUUCUUACCGGAUGGGAAGAUCGUGGCGAUCAAGCAGCUCGUCCAUCGUACCCCGACGUGCCAGCGCUGGUUCUACCACGAGCUCCAAGUGAUCAGCUCCGUGCGCCACCGGAAUCUCGUGCCUCUCAUCGGCUGCUGCAUCGAUCGAGGGUUUCCACUCCUCGUCUGCGAAUUCAUGCCCAACGGGAGCCUCCAGGCCGCGCUCUUCGGUCGGGACAGCGGCAUUUUCCUCGACUGGGAGCGGCGGCUCCAAAUCGCACUGGAUGUGGCCCGGGGAUUGCAGUACCUCCACGAAGAUUGCGCCAAGGUGAGGAUCAUCCACCGCGAUGUCAAGCCCGGAAAUAUCCUGCUGGACGAGGAGAUGCGAGCGCACAUUUCGGAUUUCGGCCUCGCCAAGCUGAUCGCGCACCACGAGGAGGCCGAGGUCGUGGUGAGCUCCGUGAUGGGCACCCGAGGAUAUCUCGCCCCAGAGUAUGUGAUUAAUGGGCAGCUCUCGGAGAAGGUCGACGUCUACAGCUAUGGGAUCGUCCUCUUGGAGCUCGUCAGCGGCCGGCGAGGGAUGCAAUCCAGCGUGAAUGUGGGCGCGCCGGAGCCUGUGUCGAUCGACGAGUGGGCGUGGGAGGCUCUAGGGUCCAACAAGAUCGAGGCCAUGGCCGAUCCGCGCUUCGGCCGCAAGUAUUCCAUCGAUGUCAUGGUGAGAAUCGUCCAGAUCGCGAUGUGGUGCACCCAGGGCUUGCCCGAGCAGCGGCCAUCCAUGGGACAGGUCGUGGCGAUGCUCGUUGGCCAGCUCGGGGUCCCGGAAUUGCCGAGCGAGAGGAUUUCCUGGGAGGAAUUCAAGAGCGUGUUGGAAUUUGGGGUGAAGAUCGGUGGUGCUACUACGAGCAGCAUUUGGGAGACGAUGGAUGGAUCAUACCAGACGGCGAACGAGGAGACUUUGCCAGAUGUCCGCGAGGAGGAGGAGGUGAAGAAAGAGGAUCGUUCACUCUCGAUCGUUGCGCCUCCUCCAAGUGAAGAACUGGUAGCCGGCAAUACUGUUUCUUCUUCCUAGAGCUCGAGACGAGAGAAGCAUUAGGAAUCACCAUGGGAAUCUUCAUCCAGGAGGAAAAGUUAGCGAUCGCGACAAAGUUCUUCUCGAUCGAGGUGGAUAUCCUGCUACGAAUAUCGCGUCCCUAGGAGGAUCACCCUCUUGUUUUUAAGCUCCUCCAAGCUCGAGAGGGUGGAAUCGGUGCGUGCUACUCCAGAGUCUUCCACUCUCGGGGAUUCAAAGUUUACGCCACGGACGUCCAGCCGGUGGAGAGCAUGCAAAGCUUGCGA